GGUUAUGUGACUGAAAGUACAAACAGGAUACGGACAAGUUCAAUAGAAUAUUAACAUAUAAAUUCGUAGACGAUCGAGCGAUACCGCUAGAAAACCGAAACGAGUGGCCGAACGUGACAUUCGAGAGACUGUCAACGUAAGUCAGAAAUGUCAACGUAAUAAUGUGCGCGUUGUGAAUCUCAAUUGUGGUACAAGUAAACACGUUCAAGCUCCUUACCGAAAUAUCUUGCGAAAUCAAACGGUUUCACUGGUGAAAAACAAGAGGUAACCAAGCGGAGAACUCUGGGCCCCCGAAGAAGGGUGCCCUCGAGAGAAAAGUAAUCUCAAUCUCAGCGAAUUCGCCAAAACGACGGACGCCUCGGUCUAUGGAGAACGUGGUGACACUAUUAUCCGUUGAGAUGUGAUCCAGAACAUAGGAGGGACACUUUGUAGUUUGUAGUUGGUCCCCAUCUCCCCCCUCUAUCACCCAAUUACCCCACUAGCCCCCCUCGUGACUUCUACCACCUACUCUACCUCCCCCUCUCGUCUCUCUUCGUACACAUGCACGUGUGAUAAUCCUCCUCACCGGUAAAGCAACCACCACCGGAUCAGCGGCUUCCUACGAAUGCACCAGCUGAUGAUCCGCUGCUCAACGACACUUCUCCCUCCUUUCUAAUACGAUCCCAACGACUGCGCGUCAUGGACGAUUCUAACCGGCCGAAUCGCGGUCGACGUGACUGCAAUAUGACGCGACGUACACCAUCGCGAUGGCAGGUCUAGGAUCUAUCCGCGGCAGGUGCAACGCACGAUCGAGGCGUCUGGUCGCCGAUAGACACAUCGCCUUCGCGUGACGGAGGAAGACGCUUCUUCCUCUUUGUACGACCCGACGGAGUCCUCCGUUCUACGGAGGCAUCGUCCACUGACGCGAGGCGAGGGCGUACAGAUUUUUAUCGCCCGCUCUUCUUCAAACAACGUGCCAUACAACCCUCAGCAACCUGUGAUAUAAUACUCGAUGCUUAAAUAUUUACAUAGACGUAGACAUCUAGUCGAAGACUAGAUCAGGCUGAAGGUUUCGUCAAAAGAAAACUGCAAUUCCUAAGACAACCAAGCCGACCACAACGCGCAUACUAGCCGGAUUUAACAGUACGAGGAGAGAAGAAAGAAACGAAAGACGGCGUCGGAGAAUGUCGACGUGCACUGACGAGGCCGAUAAUGCACCCUGCACUCUGUCUCCGGUGCAGGAGGCACCAGUUUCGCCGGCGUCCUCCUCUCUGAGCAACCAAAAUCAAAACGAGAGCGAGCAAGUCCUGCUGGCGACCAUGCAGCCGGUGAACGUGCUCGAUCUGCACGAGCCGCCGACCGUGCUCCAUUCCAAGUAUCAGCAUCACCAUCACCAUUCCCGUCACCAUCACCAUCAUAACCAGCAUCAUCAUCAUCAACAGCAGCACAUCCAGGGAAACGAUUCGGACGACGUGCAGCAGCGCACCGCGGACGACCCUGACGGGCGCGUGACACCAGGCGGCGAGGGGGGUGCGGGCAACGCGGCGCUCGGCGUCGGCGAGCACAAGAUGAUCGACCUGAUCUACAACGACGGUCAGAAAACCGUCAUGUACACCCACGACAAGGAGAUCAUUUACGAGAACGAGCACGCGGACCGCGUGCAGGUGGUCGAGUACCCGCCGCCGCCGCCGUCGCCGCCGUCGCCCUCGCCGCCGUCGGCCGGUGUCACCCGGACGGCGGCCGGCCUCCUGCCGCCGACCGCCUGCGUCACCCCGAGGUCCGCCGCCGCUCUGCAUCUGCAUUAUCCGCAGCUGCAGCUGCAGCACGAGGACGACCUGCCGCCGACGGUGCGCCACGCCGUCAACGCGACCGUGCCGAAUUGCGGUGCCGCGACCACCACGACGACGGUCCUCGUGCUGUCGGAGCUCGUCGCGGCCGACCCGGCCGCCGCCGGUGCAGCUGCAACCGCGCAGCAACUGACGCUCACCGCCGCCGCGGCGUCGUUUCGCGCUGGACGACGCAGUCGUAGCGAGGAGGAUACCAACGGUACCGUUGUCAGCGACGACGCGCAGCAGCAGCAGCAGCAGCAACAACAGAGCUACGUGUCUGCACAGCGCGAACCGGAAGAGGAGGAGGAACUGAGAGCGGAGGAGGCGGUGGCGCAGAGCCUGCAGAGCGGCGCCGAGAACGGCGAUCAGGAGGUUCACAAGAGGGUUGCCGCGGUGCAGGUGCAGGUACAGGGUAUGGAGGGUGACUGGCGGGCCUACUGCGAGCAUCCGCUCUCGGUAGCGACCGCGGCUAUGCUAAAUCUUCAGCAGCAGCAUCAGUCGGCGGUAGCUAACCACAACGAUGAUCCUGCCGCGCCCUAUGUCUACGAAUACUACAAACUUCCCGAGAAAACGGCAGAAGUCAAACUGCCGCCCACGCACGAACUCUGGUCCACGGGUGUGAUGGGCCAGAAGCUGCUGGUGCAGGAGGCGCCUGGCUCCGGUUCCGGCUCGACGAAUCGCAUGGAAGGCGGCGAAGGCGCCGGGGGAGGGGAAUUACACCACUUCCUCCAGUACAACCAGCAGUCCCACAGUCCCAGCCAGAGCCUGCAGGGUGGCCUUCCGCUUCCGCUGAGCCCGCAGUCCCUGAGGCACGACGGUGCCUCGAGCACUGGCAUCGUCGGGGUCAAAAGGGAACCGGAGGAUCUCAGCUCGUCGCGUGGAGGCCAACAGACUAGCAAACGGCACAAACAGCCGGACAGUCCUACACCACCGGGAAUGUACCAUCAUCAUCCGCAUCAGUUACAGGUGCAGCAGUACGGCAGCCCCUACGACCCCUACACGUCCUGCAGUCCAAGAUUGCAGUCGACCGCGUACACGUCUACGUCGGCGACCGGGACGGGAAAUGCGACGGGGAAUCCCGGCGGCGGUCUCCAUCAGGAGGCCACGACGGUCUACGUUGCCGGUGACGCGCUGGCGCCGCUCGCCUCGUCGAGCUCCGCUUCCUCGCUGUCCACCACGACCGCUUCGUACACGAGGUACGAGGUUGUGCCGAGCUCAUACGCUACGACACACGCGAUACGCUCGUCGUCGAGCAGCAGCAAAGUCCUGACCGUUGAUCUUCCCAGCCCCGACUCCGGCAUUGGCGCCGACGCAGUGACGCCCAGGCAGGACCAUCAUCCGACCACGGCUCUUCAUCAGUCGUCGUUCGACUACACAGAAUUAUGCCCUGGUGGAACUGCAGCUGGAGCGGCGGUGGUCCUCGAGGGUACCGCAGUAAUACACCAACCCCUGCAACUGCAGCUACAGCAGAACCACGCACAAGCGCAAGUGCAACGCGGUCUAGUGUCCGCGGGUGCGACAACUCCAAACCCGAAUCCAAAUCCGCAGAGAUCGCGACCCUGGCACGAUUUCGGCAGACAGAACGACGCUGAUAAGAUUCAAAUACCGAAAAUUUUCUCGAAUUACGGAUUUAAGUAUCAUCUGGAGUCGCCGAUCAGCACGUCGCAGCGCCGCGAGGACGACAGAAUAACGUACAUCAACAAGGGCCAAUUCUACGGCAUCACGUUGGAAUACGUGUCCGAUCCGGACAAGCCACUCCUCAAGGCAGGGCAGACAGUCAAGAGUGUGGUGAUGUUGAUGUUCCGGGAGGAGAAGAGUCCAGAAGACGAGAUCAAGUCCUGGCAGUUUUGGCACGGCAGACAACACUCGGUCAAACAACGGAUUCUCGAUGCUGACACAAAGAACAGCGUCGGCCUGGUGGGCUGCAUAGAGGAAGUCGCGCACAAUGCGAUUGCCGUUUACUGGAACCCACUCGAAUCGUCGGCGAAGAUAAACGUGGCGGUGCAAUGUCUCAGUACCGAUUUCUCGAGUCAGAAAGGCGUGAAGGGUUUGCCGCUGCAUAUUCAGGUCGACACGUACGAGGAACCGCCGCCCCAUGCGCACUCAUACACGCCGCCUUCUCAUCGCGGCUACUGUCAAAUUAAGGUCUUUUGCGAUAAGGGAGCGGAGAGAAAGACCCGGGACGAGGAGAGACGCGCGGCUAAGAGGAAGCUGACAGCGACCGGCAGGAAAAAGCUCGAUGAGCUCUAUCACCCCGUCACGGAACGUAGCGAGUUUUAUUCCAUGGUCGAUCUGCACAAGCCGCCUGUGCUUUUCUCCCCGCCGGCCGAGCACGCCAUCGAUAAGUUCUCGACGAUGGAGUUGUCGGGCUUCUACGGUGGUGGCGGCGGCGGGGGCGGGGGUGAUACCGACACCUCGUCCCUCAGUAACGGUGAAGGUGGAGGAUUGAAGGCAGGGGGUAGCAGCCCCUAUCCGCCCCCGUGUGGCCGGCCGAGUCUGCCGGCCCUCAAGUUCCACAACCACUUUCCGCCCGACAAUCUCAGUAGCCUGCACGACAAGAAGGACUCAUUGCUGAUGCAGGUGCAGGAGCUGCAAGGCUCGGUGCUGCAAGGGGUGCAGCAGACCGGCCUGACGGGCGCAGUGGUGUCCAGUGUCGGCAAUCGGCUGCACUUGCAACAGCAGCCGCCGCAUCUGCGCCCGACGGACGCCGAGGAACGCGUCAUGCUUUACGUACGUCAAGAAUCGGAAGACGUCUAUACGCCAUUGCACGUCACCCCACCGACGGUCCAGGGCCUGCUCAAUGCUAUUGAGUCAAAGUACAAAAUUGCAUCCUCGAGUAUUAAUAACCUCUAUCGCAAAAACACAAAGGGAAUUACAGCGAAAAUUGACGACGACAUGAUUCGAUAUUACGUCGACGAGGAUCUGUUCCUGCUGGAGGUGAGCCACUCGCGGAUCAAUCCGGAGCCGGGUAGUGAACGCAACAAUCCGGAUUCGCCGGAUCCCGGCGAUCCGGGUGAUCAUUCCGUCGGAUACGACGUCACCCUCAUCGAACUACCAUCACCCCCGCAUCUACCGCACUCACCCCUCGCCAAUUCCACGCAUGGACACGUGCACGUUCACGACAACAGUAAUACGUGAACCCGAACGGACAAGAAACCUUUGUGUAAAUAUGUUACGCAAGCUUAACGAGAACUAGUCGCUCGGAAAAAGCGCGAAUCAGCAACAUCUUGCGUCGAAUAAUGAUUACUGUUAAAUGAACAACGAAUUUUCUCAUGCCACACUGAAGAUUCUUAGUACUAUAGUACUAUUUCAUCGAUGACGUACUUGCAAAGAACGUUUAUCGAGAAAGACACAAGUAGCUGCAUCUCAAUUAUUUUUCAGCAAGAAUAAGUAAGAAGAAUCAAGAGAAGACAUCAGAAGAUCAUCAAGUUUUUAAAGAGUGACAGUUCGAAGAAAAUUGUCUCGUUGUUUCAAUGUAGACUCUAACCGUGUAAUCGUAGUAUAAUAUCACAGUCGAAGCCUAUAUUUGACGCGGAUAAAUGUUUUAUAAUAUUUUUUUACACGUAUGUAUUAGAUUUUUAAAUGUUUUCGCCAAUAACUAUCAUUUCUAUGAGAUUUCAACCCUUUCAUAUAUUGUUUAAAUGCAUAUUUCAGAACAUAUACGUUAUGUAUUUAGAGAAAACAACAUCUCUGAUAGAUAUAAGUCACUAAUGACAAUUAUCGCCCAUUCUAAAGAAAAUUACUUCUUUUAAUCUCAAAGAAGUAUUGUGAUAAAUAUUCAAAUCAUAAAAUUUAAAACGUUACUGUAAAUAUAAGUGAAAUGUAAGUGACUUCAUGCUUCUCUACUCAUUUCGGCUCUCCAAUCAAUCAUUUAUUAAGAGGCAUACACAAGGGGAUGAUGAUUUAUCGAAUUUAAAAUAUAAAAAUGUAAAAAGUUAUUUACGUAGUAAUUUGGUAAAUCUAUAUAUAAUCAAAUAUAAAUAUAUGAAAAUAGCUUUUGCAUUGUU